AACCUAACUUAAUUGUUGAUAAAAACAAACUAGAGGAUAUGUCAUUACAUUUUUGGUAUUUCGGAAAAAUUUUAUAAUUAUUAUUGACUGUUAAUUAUGAACUUAUACUUGUAAUGCCUGCUGGUUUUUAUAUUUUUCCAAAUUUCUUUAUUACAUUCAGACAGUUUUUCGUAGAAAUUGUUCUUUAAUGCCACGGUGAUUCUUCAAUUUUUAUGUUAAAAAAAUGUUGUCACGAAAAAAUAGAGAUUUGAAAACUAUAAAGGAAGGGGUAGUUGGCAAAUAUGUUAAAAAAGAUACACCUCCACCGGACAUGCAGAUAAUAAAUGUUUGGACCACUGAACCAAAAAAACGAAUUUCCACGCAAAGUAGGUCAUUGACUUUACAGUCAACAAGUUCCAGCCAACCUGGACAGACCAAUACAAUUCAGAAGUUUGGCAAUCAAAAGACCACAGUGAGUGAGGUGGGACUUGGUGCACAUGAAGGAAAAUAUACUCCGAGUGCUUCAGUUCCUGAUUUAGCUACACGUUUUGCCAACCUUUCUAUGAGUAAUCCCAAUUCGAAUAUUUCAUCAGCGGUAUUUAGACCAAGUUUACCCCAGCCUAUAUAUGAAAACCAACCCAGUACUUCUUCUCACUAUGAAAAUACUGCAGAGAAUAAUGCAAAUUAUGUUGAUAUUGAUCAGAUAUAUCCAUUACCAUCUGAGGAAAUGGGAGAACUUAAUUAUAACAGACCUCAAUCUCCAAUUUAUCAAAAUACUACAGAUCAAAAAAGUAUCGAUGGCAGUCCAAUCUAUAGUAAUACAAAUUUAGAAAGAUAUCGAAGUUCUUAUGAUCAGUAUUUAUCGCAACUACAGCGUAAUGAUACUACAAAUGGAAAUAACUCAGGGCAAUCAGAAGAACUACCUUUGCCACCCGGAUGGUCUGUUGACUAUACUUUGAGAGGAAAAAAGUACUACAUAGAUCAUAAUACAAAAACAACUCAUUGGUCUCAUCCUUUGGAAAGGGAAGGUUUGCCCACUGGUUGGCAAUGUAUACAAUCUCCACAAUAUGGUGUUUAUUAUGUGAACCACAUAACUAGACAGGUUCAAUAUGAGCAUCCAUGUUUAGUUCCAUGUUUAAGCUAUCAUCCUGAAAUGAGGUAUGCACAUCUGCCACAACACACUAAUUACCAACCACAUAGUGUUUUAGUUCCUGCCAACAGAUAUCUUUUGGAGGAAGUGCCUCAUUGGCUUGAUGUGUACUUUAAAGCGAGACCAGAUUUGGAUCAUAAACUGAAGUGGGAUAUGUUUCGUCUUACUGAACUAGAAUGUUAUAAUGGAAUGCUUACAAGGCUUUUCAUGCAAGAGAUGGAAAAUAUUGUUAUGAGAUAUGAAUGUUAUAGAUCUGCUUUGUUGGUAGCCAUGCAAAAAUUUGUUGGGAACCCUUCAUCUGUGAAUAAAUCUUGAAUAUUUUUUUGCAUUAAAUUUAUAUGAUAUUUAAGAAAAUAGCCUUUCAAGAUUUUCAGUGUAGCUGCAAUUCUGUAUUUAUAAGUGUAUUUAAUGAAAUAAAGUUAUAAUUAUCACAA